AUGUCCGCAGGUCUGGAGAUUGUGGGAAUCGCUCUGGGCGUACUAGGCUGGAUCAUAGCCAUCGUGGCCUGCGCUCUUCCCAUGUGGAGGGUGACUGCCUUCAUUGGCAGUAACAUUGUAACAGCGCAGAUCAUCUGGGAGGGUCUCUGGAUGACCUGUGUGGUGCAGAGCACAGGCCAGAUGCAGUGCAAGGUCUAUGACUCCAUGCUGGCACUUCCCCAGGAUAUGCAGGCUGCGCGAGCUCUCACGGUCAUCUCUGUUCUCCUCUCUGUGCUGGCCCUGCUGAUCGCCAUAGUCGGCGCCAAGUGCACCAACUGCAUCGAGGAUGAGGCAUCAAAGGCCAAGGUGAUGAUCAUCUCUGGAGUCUUCUUCAUCACUUCUGGCAUCAUGCAGCUCAUCCCCGUAUCCUGGUCAGCCAACACCAUCAUCCGUGACUUCUACAACCCCCUGCUAACUGAUGCGCAGAGGCGGGAGCUGGGAGCAGCGCUCUACAUCGGCUGGGGGGCAGCUGCCCUUCUGGCAAUCGGAGGAGCUUUGCUCUGCUGCUCCUGUCCUCCCAGUGAGCAGAAAUACCAGCCCUCCAGAAUGGCUUACUCAGCUCCACGGUCAGCUGGAGGUGGUGGCUACGACAGGAAGGACUAUGUUUGAACAGUUUUCUUCAGGAUUUGUUUAACGGCAUUUGAGGUGGUUAGGAAAAA